AUGGGGGAUUGGGGCCCGGUGGUUAUAGCGGUGGUGCUGUUCGUAUUGCUGACGCCGGGUCUGCUGUUCCAGUUGCCGGGGACGGGGAGGCUGGUGGAGUUCGGGAACCUGCAGACCAGCGGCGUCUCCAUCCUCGUCCACAGCAUCAUCUACUUCGCCCUCGUCGCCGUCUUCCUCAUCGCCAUUGGCGUCCACAUCACCACCGGCUGA